CUGAGUGAUUCGGUUGGGGAAGGCUGCUGGGCUAGUGGGGUGGGUUCACUGACAGAUUAGCUUAAGAGCUGGGGUCCGAGGGGCCGCGGUGACCGCCCCUCCCCGAACCAGGACCAGAAGAGGAGAGAGGGCUUUUACCUCAGCGCGGAUAUGACGCCCCUGGGGUUCGUUGUGAUUAUUAAGAGGACCGGCAUCGAAGGCUUUCGCUACCCCCUGCAGCAGGCUACCUGCUUGUUGGGAAGGGGGGCCGAAUGCGAUAUCCGGAUCCAGCUUCCGGUAGUGUCCAAGCAGCAGUGUAAGAUUGAGUUUGAUCAGCAGCUGAAGGAGGCUGUGCUCAUUAAUUUAAACUCCGUCAACCCAACCCGCCUAAAUGGAGUUACUUUUGCUCGUCCCACGAAGCUAGUUCAUGGAGACGUCAUUACUAUCGUUGACCGCUCUUUCAGGUUUGAAUAUGGAAGUGGCUCUGCCAGUGAAAACACUCCGAUAAAACCUUCAGAACCAAAAAGCAAAGAGGUGACGCCAACACAAUCUCGAAGCAGUAGUAUCUCCACUCUGAUUUCUGACCAGUACCAAAGGAGAACUGUCCAAGUAUUCAAAAAUAUUCAUGCAAAAUACACUGAAGAAAACAUUUCCAGGCAAUUCUCACUGCUACAAUCUCUAGAAGCAAAAAUAAUUGCAAAUAAAUCUAAAAACCAGGAUGCUUCAAAUAAUAUGGGAGACCAUCGUCCUGGGAAAACUCCAACUUUAGAAAGCAAAGAGCUGAAAGAAAGUGCCACAGGUAGCAGUGAAGGUGAUGUGAGCCAAGUUUCAACACCUGAACAUCCAGGGAAGAGCAAAAAGAACACCAAUUCUCCUUUUAAGCAACUUUUUGGCCUGAUGAGAGAAGAAUUAAACUCUAAGUGCCAGCAAAUAGGUGACCACCUUAAUCGAAAAUCAGAACCCAUCCAGGUCAGUAUGAGUGGCAGAGAGUGGGAAACGGAGCUCCUCCAUUUACCCCGGUCCAAACCUAUCCGGAGGAGUGAGGUUGUCCGAAUCAGCCAGAAUUGGCAGGAGCCCCAGCAGAAAGGGCAAGAGGCGGUGGCGGCCCUCUCCAAAGAAGAAGGGGCCUCUAAGGGCUCUUCUUCGGCCAAGGGAGCUGAGUCAGCCCAAACACAAGAGCACAAGAGCCCAAGAGCCAAAAGGCGGAAGAGUCAAUCACUGUUGACACCUGUUAAGACAUCAGGGAAGAGAAAAAGUAAAACAGGAAGUGGGAAGGACAAGCAGAAGUCCGUGAGUGGUACCUGUGAGGGGUCCCCCUUGCAAGAGGCCCAGAGCCCCCAGACUCUGUACACGCUCCGUUCCCAAACCAAGAAACCCGAGGCCAGCCCCUUGGGAAAUGAUAAGGAGGCUGCAAUGGCUACCAAGACCACACCUGCUGAGAAGCUUGUUCUCAAACAGAGUGACCCUAACGGUGGAAGCGAAACCACGAAUCUGGCCCAAAAGAAAGGAAGCCCAAAGGGAAAUAAGAGUGCUGAUACCCAACUUAAUCCAAAGAGAGCUUCUAAUUCAGACCAAAUAUUAAAGAAAAUUCAAGAUGAACUCUAUUUUGAAGAUAAUGUCAGUGAAAGUGAAGAAUCCUCUGCUAAAAGGAGGAGAGUUUCUUUUGGAGUCCAUCUAAGGCCUGAGUUGUUUGAUGAAAACUUGCCUCCCAAUACACCUCUUAAAAGAGGAGAAACCCCAGGACUAAGAAGAACAUCCCUUGGGAGGACUGUCCUGAGAAAAUCAAUAAUUAAGCUCACAUCAGAAAAAGAAGCUUCCUCCUCUGCUGGCCAUCUGGAGCCAAAAGCCUCACUGGACCAGUUGUCUCCUAAGCCAACGACCACGGCCCCAAAGGAGGCCAGAUCUCCAUCCUGCUUGCCAACUACGAAGGCAAAGUCCACACCCGUUGUUGGAAGCCAGCCCCGGAAGACAAGCAGGAGAAGCUCCUCAGGAAGAAGAAGUCAGCAUGAGGCUCUGCAGACGAUUUUUGCCAAGAGGAGAAGUGGUGCGUCAGAAGCCAAUCUCAUGGUUGUACAAUCGUGGGCUGAUGUGGUGAAAUUGGGUACUAAAAAAUCACAAGGAGAAGUUGUUGUAAAACAUGGUCUUGAGAGAAGAAGAAUAAAAAAACAGAAGAGAUGUUUAACCCCAAAGAAGCCAGCAAACCAAGCUCAGAAUCACUUUAGCACAGGCCAUGCCAACUCUCCCUGCACCAUAGUGAUUGGGAAAGCUCACACUGAAAAAGUGAUGGCACCUGCACAGCCCUAUAGGGUGUUUAACAACUUGGUUUUAAAUUCUAAGGUGGAUAUGAAUGAGGAUUUAACAGGACUUGAUGAAAUGUUUAGAACUCCUAUGAGUGAGAAACAAAAAACCGCAAAUGUAUGUCCUGAGAGUCCAACUCCACAACUUUUAUCUGGAGAAAAGGCUAAAUUAGCACACACUUCUUCAGAUGAAGCUCUGGUAUCCACUUCUGACAAACUGGCAGAGAAAGUAAUAUCCAAUACUCAAGACAAAGCCAAGCAGACAUCUGGCCAGAUCAUUCCAUGCCGCCGUUCCCCAAGAAAUCGACAUUCAAUGGGAGAUGAUGAAAUAAUUAAGACCCCAAAGGAGAUCUCUGAAAUCAGAGGUGAUGAAAUAAUGGAGACUCUACCUCCAGAAGUGGAUGUAGACCAUAAAAAAUUAACACCCAGUACAAAAAGGCUUAAGACUUGCACACCAAAAGAAGUGGGACCAACACCAUAUCUUAACAGAAAUUCAGAAAGUGCUGCACAAGGGGAGGGAGCCCUUGUUGAGGAUCAUCCCAAAACACCAGUGGCAUCAAGAGUCAGCAGAUUUGAAGAUAGAUUUCCAGGAACACCAAACAUAGAAGAAAAAGUUAAAGAAAAUUCAGCCAAUAACCUAAAAAAUCAAAAACCAAAAAUGGUACCUCAGGUAGGAAUCACAGCAUCAUUCAAAAUUAAAGAGCCAUUUGUCAUUGACAUCCAAAAACAUACAAGAACUUCAUUGCAAAAACAGUAUUCGAGCUCAGAUGCCCAAGGAACUGUAGCAAUCACUAGCCAGCAACAUGAGUUAAGCAGCAUGAAGAAACCAGAAAGAACCCCAAAGGAAAAAGGGCCAAUAGAAGACCUAACUGGCAUCAGAGAGCUCAUGACUACUCCAAUACUAACAGAAGAUAGAAUAGACGAAAAGCUUAGAAUAUCAAAACAAGUAUGCUCUGCAAUAGAUGCUGACAUCCAGAAGAAGCCUAUGGCAAUAAAGCAACAAAUGGAGACAGAAGACAUUGGCAGCAUCAAGGAGUUUAUAAAGACUCCUAAGAGAAAAUGUGAACCUGUCGAGCCUCUGACAGCAGUCAAGAGGCUGAUGAGAACCCCAAAGGAUAAGGUAGAACCCAGAGAAGACAAAGUCAGUUAUGAGAGACUGAUGAAGACUCCGAAGGAGAAAGAGCCAGUAGAAAGUCAGAAAAACAACCAAAAUGUAAAUGUCAGGCAAAUGCCAAAGACAGCCAAAGAUCCAGGAGGCCUCAGGAGAUGUGUGGAUACUCCUAAGGAAAAGAUAGCAAGAGAUCUGACAGAUCUUAUGACUACUCCAAAACAAGUGGUAGAACCAGUUAAAGAUCAAGUCAGUAAGACCACUAUGAUGAAACCAGAACAGAAGGUUGAAUCAGUAGAGAAUCUGACAGAGAUCAAGGUUCUGAUUAAAACUCCUAAAGAAAAGGAAGAACUAGUGGAAGAUAGGAAAGAAAGUGGCAAGAAGUUGACUAUGAGAUCUUCUAAAGAAAAGAGAGAAGUGGUAGAAGACUCAGUGGGUAUUAAGAAGAUUAAAAAAACUAAAGCUUCAGAACAAGUAGAAGAUGUGACAGGCCUAGGAAAACCUAGCAGGACCUCUAAAGAAAAGAAAAAGAUAGGAGAAAACCUUGCUCUUAAGAAACUUAUGAGGAUCCGUAAGGGAAAGAUAAAACUAGUUGAAGACUUAACAGGCCUCAAGAAGUUGCAGACCCCUGAAGAAAAGGGAGAGCCAGACGAAGAUCUGACCGGCAUCAAGAGGUUAAUGCAGACCCCUAAUGAAAAGGGAGAACCAGACGAAGAUCUGACCGGCAUCAAGAGGUUAAUGCAGACCCCUAAUGAAAAGGGAGAACCAGACGAAGAUCUGACCGGCAUCAAGAGGUUAAUGCAGACCCCUAAUGAAAAGGGAGAACCAGACGAAGAUCUGACCGGCAUCAAGAGGUUAAUGCAGACCCCUAAAGAAAAGGGAGAUCCAGUUGAAGAUUUGACAGGCAUCAAGAGGUUAAUGAGGACCCCUAAACAAAAGGGAGGGUCAGUCGAAGAUCUGACCUGCAUCAAGAAGUUGAUGAGGACCCCUAAAGAAAAGGGAGGGCCAGUUGAAGAUCUGACUGGCAUCAAGAGAUUGAUGCAGACCCCUAAAGAAAAGGGAGGGUCAGUCGAAGAUCUGACCGGCAUCAAGAGGUUAAUGCAGACCCCUAAAGAAAAGGGAGGGUCAGUUGAAGAUCUGACAGGCAUCAAGAGAUUGAUGCAGACCCCUAAAGAAAAGGGAGGGUCAGUCGAAAAUCUGACCGGCAUCAAGAGGUUAAUGCAGACCCCUAAAGAAAAGGGAGGGUCAGUUGAAGAUCUGACAGGCAUCAAGAGGUUGAUGAGGACCCCUAAACAAAAGGGAGGGUCAGUUGAAGAUCUGACAGGCAUCAAGAGAUUGAUGAGGACCCCUAAACAAAAGGGAGAGCCAGUUGAAGAUCUGACCGGCAUCAAGAGAUUGAUGCAGACCCCUAAACAAAAGGGAGGAUCAGUCGAAGAUCUGACCGGCAUCAAGAGAUUGAUGCAGACCCCUAAACAAAAGGGAGGAUCAGUCGAAGAUCUGACUGGCAUCAAGAGGUUGAUGCAGACCCCUAAAGAAAAGGGAGGAUCAGUUGAAGAUCUGACUGGCAUCAAGAGGUUGAUGCAGACCCCUAAAGAAAAGGGAGGGUCAGUCGAAGAUCUGACCGGCAUCAAGAGGUUGAUGCAGACCCCUAAAGAAAAGGGAGGGUCAGUUGAAGAUCUGACCGGCAUCAAGAGAUUGAUGCAGACCCCUAAAGAAAAGGGAGAAAUAGAAAAAAAUUUUACAAAUGUUGCAGUAUUUAUGGAGACUUCAAAAAAUAAUAUAUCCAGCACACACACUCUUAGGCAGAAUUAUCCAAAAGAAAUAACUGAUAGAGAUUCAGUAGUCUCAGAAAUAUUAUAUGAAAUAGAGACACUCAGAAGACCAGCAAUAAAAGAUGUCAGUGUUUCAAAUCAAGAAAGUCAAACAAUAGAAAAAACACCAGAGCUACUACCGGAAGUCCCAACUCGGGUAGUUAGAGGAGUUAUUGCCAGUAAAUCAUUGAAACCACCAAGAAAGAAUAAAUUAGUGGGAGAAGAGGAUAUCUGCAGAGCAAACCCUAAAUCAAAAGAAUCCUCUUCUGAAGUAAACUGCGACUACAAUGAAAGCAAGGAUAAAUCAGUGGAGCAGUGCCAAAGGCAAAUUUGCUUUAAUCCUUGUGAAAGUGACUAUAUCUCUGAAACUGAAAGAGAUUUGUCUAAUGUGACAAAUGACAUAUUCCCUGAGAAAGAAAAGGAGAAAUUUCUGCCACAUAUUCAAGAUAAAGUUAAAGGUAUCAUUGAGAAUCAAAGAACAAUAACCUUAAGAUCCAGAAGCAAAAUCAAAUCUGGUAAAGAACCAGAAGGAUCAGUGCAUUUGCUUCGUUCAACAAGGGUCCACUUAAAGAAUAGUGAAAAGACUGUGAAGACCCCCUGGGAGGAAAACGUGAAGGAGAAAGUUGAGCAAUCCAGUAGUUUGACCCAGAGUUCUGAGGUUAAGCCCUCAGAGGAGGAAAAGAAGGAAACACUGGAGGGUUUACGUGGAAAAUCUGGGGACAUGAGUGGGAAUAUGGAAAGAAUGGCACCUUUCCAACCAAGAAGAAAUCAAGCCAGUAAAGAAACACAAAGUUCUAGUUCAUCAGAUAUGUCAGAUCUGGAGAACUCUGAAAAUAAUUCACCAAGGAAGAAUUUAAGGGUGAGAUUAAAAGAUGCAGCCCUGAAUGAAGGGAGGGCAAGCACAUUAAGAUCUAAAAAAACAAAUAAAGAUUCACCAUGUGAAUCAGAUGUAUCAUACACAGAUGAUGAAAUGAAGCUUGGUAAGAGAUUGCCAAGGAAACCUAAUGUCCCUCCAAGAUUUAGCAGCAGGAACAAAACCACUAAGGAAUUACAAGAAACUGGUCCUCUGGGGAGUGAAAUAGAGACUUUAUCUAGUGAAAAUGGUGAAGAAAGAGGAAUUAUGGGUGCUUUAAGAUCUAGAAACAGAAAUAAAGUAGAUACAGAAUGGCAAGAGCCUAGUAGUUCUCUUAGUGAUAUUAUAUCCCACACAGGGAGAGAUGAAAAGAAGCCUAUGAAGGUGGUAUUAAAGGAGGAGAAAUUGAAAGCACAAAUUACGGGUAGUGGAAUAUCUUUGAGAUCUAGAAAGAAAAAUAAGGAAAUGCUAAAUUUUGGUGAUUUGGCUCCUGAUUCAGAUAAAACCUACACAGAUGAAGAAAAGGAGUCUGUCAAAAGUUUGCCAGAAAAGUUAAAAGGACAGAGAAUACUCGUGGAAUCUAGAAACAGAAAUAUUAGUGUUAUAGAAAUUAAUGAAUAUGAUAGCUUAUCAAGUGAAUCACCCACAAAAAAUGAAAAAUAUGCAGGUGUAAAUGAAGAUAAGGUAGCUUUAAGAACCAGAAGUAGAAAUAAGGAUAAAGCUUCUGAGGAAAAGCAAGAAUCAAAAACAACAGAUAUAUCAUGCAUAGAGAAUAAGGGAAAGAAAGUGAAGGGGUUACAGGCCCAAUGGAAUACUACAUUUUUAAGAACCAAAACCAGAAUUGAGGCUACUAAGGAAUCACAAGAACCUGAUUCAUUGCCUACUGAAGCAGGUAAACCUCAUACAGAAGAUUAUGAAAAACCUGGUGAAGGGAAGGCCUUCCAGGACAAGUCAAAAAAUACAGGUCCAAGUAAAGGAAUAACAAAAAAAAAAAGUAAAAUGGAUAAGGAAUCAGAAGGAUCUAUAGAUUCAUCUAGAGACACAGAGAUAAAUAAGCCUGUAAAGAGCUUCCAGGAGAACUUGAUUAAUGAAACAAUGAUGUCAUUAAGAUCACAGAGUAAAAAAAAAGAUACAGAACUAAGCUAUUUGACAAAGAUUUUGAGUGUAGAAAACAAUGAAAAGAUGCCUAGGAAAAAUUUUCCAGAGAAAAAUAUUUUGAAAGAGAGCCCAGUAAAUGAAGACAAGGUGCCUUUACGCCCUAGAACUGUUAAAAGUGUUGCCCCUGAAAAACUUGACCCAAAGGAUGAAAAGAACCCUGGGAAAGGCCAGAAGAAUUUAAAUGAUACAACAGGAAGUGGGGGGAUGUCUUUAAGGUCUAGAAAUAAAAGUAAGAUGGAGACUGUAGGACUAAAUGAAAAUCCUGUAUCAACAUCAGAAAAAGAUGCCGAGAAAUCCAUAAAUACUUCCUCUAGAAUGCUUAAAAAUUCAUUGAUACCUCAAGAAACUCUAGGUAGAAGCAGAAACAAAAUUGGGCCACAAGAAUCUUGUCGUUUACCUAGUGCCACAGAGGUUGUAUUAGUUGAAGAAGAUGACAAAAAGACGCUUUCACAGAAAAACCUGGGAAAGAAACUAAAUCUCCGAGUGGGAGGACUUGAUCCUCAUAAAACUAGAAACAGGAAUAAAGCUGAUCAAGAACUGUAUAAUAAUAGCUUGCAUAAUGUAACUGAGAUGACUGACACUGAGGCGAAUCAGGAAAAAAUGGAGAAGAUCCUGAAAGAUCAAAUUGUAACUAAAGAUCUGGUUCCCAGAAGGCCCAGACUUACAAAUAAGAACAAUAAAGAAGUAAAAGAAUCAGCAGGGAAAGAUGAAAAAGAAAACGUUGCUCAGAUUUUCCCAAAUAAAGGGAUAGAUCGAACAUCUUUAAGAACCAGGCUUAGAAAUAGAAGUGACACCGAUUUGCAAAAAUCUGCUAAUCUUAACAAAAAGGAUUCAUUCAAUGAUGCAAAGACCACAACAGGAAAAGCCCCAAACGGGAAACAGAUUGAUUUUGCCUUCUUAGAAAAUAAAAGAGGAAAUUCAAGGAUAGCUAACAUCAAAGAACCAACCAACAGCAUUCAAGAAGGUCAUUUUGUAAAAGUUGGUCAAGUGCCAGACAAGGCAUUCAAAGUGAUUUUAACCUCAGCAAAAAACACUCAGUCUGAGCCUACUUUGCUGAGAGAAAGAAGUAUGCUGUUAAAACGUAGCACAAGCCAGACUCAGAAAUGUAAUGAUACUAACUCGCAGGAAAGAACACUUCGUUUUAGAAGAAAGUGCACUCUCAAGCAGACUGAAGUGUUAACUACAAGCUCUAAGCAGAGCAAUAUCAACCCAAAACUCAUGAAGAACAUUAAAGCCUAAAUGGAAUCAAGGAGAAAUAUAGGUGCUCAUUUUGUAAAAAAGAAGAAAAGCAGCAAUUUUAAGACAAUGACACUUGGCGACCCAUCAAGAUAAUAGAAUUGCCCCAAGUGAAAAAAAUAAGGGGAGAAAUUUUUGAGAAAGUAUUUUUUCUAGUUACGCAAAAAUUUGUAAAUGUUGAAUAUUUUUAUGAUUUCAUGUUUUGUAAAUAGGGGGAAGCCUUAAAGGCCGUGUUCUGGCCAAUGAUCAUUUCUUAUAUUACAUGUAUGCUAAUUUAGCCUUUUUGCCAGUAUAAUGAGUUUUCAGAAAAAAUUCUUUUCAAACCAAACAAUGUUUAUGACAAGAUCUAAAAGUUCUUUUUUUAUAAGCAAAUGUAAACUUUU